UUCGUUAUAUACCUUGGGCUGGAAUCAUGUGUCUCAUGACCGACUGUGACAUGGUCCUCUUCGCCAUUCCAGACUAUAUUCAACGGCGAAACCAUGCGCAGCAGCAUUAGCGAUUUGCCGUACAGGAUACAUACAAUCGAGGCUCUAGCGAGACUUUGUCGAACACCUAGGGGCAUCUCGUUUUCGAAACUGGAAACAAUAUUGUGGGUUCUAUCUUUCUCCAUCAUGAUUCCUCCUAUUAUGAAAGCGCUUUGUUGGUGGCUUCAAGUGACAUGUUUUAUGCCCCGGGUUCCUCAGGGACGAACUGAGAAGUCGCAAUACUUGCAGGAAAUAACUACUCCUCUAUCUCCUGUAGUCUCAUGAAUGCGUCACCCUAGUUCGACAUAUUACCAUGUCGUGUCUCAAUGCCCAACAUCCCCUACCUCCUCUAUUCCAAUUACAAUUACGGACCUAUUCGUUCCUCGUACCUCCCAUCUAAGGGUGCUCCCUUGC